AUGGCCAGAAACUCAGAUGUGGUGAAGAAAAUCAUGCGGUUCAAACUUCAGCUCUCAGAUGCAGCAGAACCUGCGACGGUUCUGAAAAUUUUGCAGAAACUGAAGGAUCUGGAUAUCACAUUGGAUAUUCUUUCUGAAACUGGAAUUGGCAAAACUGUGAACUCGCUGCGGAGACACAAACAAGCUGGAGAACUUGCCAAGUCGUUAGUUAAAGUUUGGAAGAAACUUGUCUCAAAGGAAUCUGCAAGCCAAGGUGACGAAGCAGCAUGGUUGGGUUACGAUUCUUACAAGAACAAAGAGGGUGACCGUAGCUGUUCAGGCGAUGGAAGUUGGCUAAAUGAUGAAAACAAUAACUCCCCAACAUCUAACAAUGAGGCUUUAGAUGACCAAGCCAGGAAAGUGCCAAUAAAGAAAGAACAAAUGGAAGAGCAGAGAAGAAAAGCUAAUGUGGACAAAAAUAAUAAAAAGCAUCAAGAAAUCAAGACAAACAUCACAAAGAGCAAUUCAAAAAGUAAGGCUGAAAUCCAAGAGGACGGAAUGGGCGACAGUGUUGUUUGCAAGUUAAAGAAACAAAAUGGCGACACCAUGCUUGGAGGCAAAAGCUAUGAGGGUACUCCUAAAAAACACAGAUCUGAGUCGAGACAAAAGUUGAAAGGAGAAAAAGAAUCGUGUACAAAAGCAAAGCCAUCGAAAGAAUCCUCAGUGAAAGAAAAAGAGCCAUUUCCGUCCUGCAACAAGCACUUAAAAACAUUAAAAGGGGCCAAAGAUUGCAGACUUUUGGAAAUGUCAAGCAGCUCAGAGGCUCAAAACCGAAAAAGAAAAAAAGCAAAUGAUGAAAAGCAUGGCGAUCCACAAUACAAAUCAGAUCCUGAAAGUAAGAAAUAUUCAAAAAGCAUAAAAAUCCAAAUAAGGCACAGAGAUGCAGAAAGUAAUAGUGAGCAGGAAGAACCUUCAAUGUCUUUUGAAUCUUACUUGAACUAUGAUGUUAAUGUCCACAAAAAGAGAGAGCAUUCAGGACAGAAGAGAACUUCCAAGAUAACCAGGACUGCUUCUAAAGAGCAAACGCCAAAAGAUACAGGGAUUAAACGCCUUAAGUCAUCUUCUUUACCAGAACAGAAGCCACAGGAGUCUUUAAUGCGUCUGAUGGACGUCCCGUUACCCGCCUCUCUGCCAGAACUGGAAAAACCUUCAAACGUUGAUUAUUACCUGGAAAAGAAAGUGGAGAAGGAGCCCGAUUUUUGUGAGGAGGAAUCUGCUGUCUUCACUGGUCAGCGACUGAACAAGAAGAUGCAAGUCUAUUCUGGUGCCAAAACCCUUUUCCUACCAACCAUGAUGAGCUUGUAUCAACAGUGUAUCCGCACACUCCAGAACAACCUCAACUUGCUCUAUGAGACUGGUGGGGUUCCAUUUGAACUUCUUGAGCCGGUAUUGGAGAGGUGUACACCAGAGCAGCUGCUUCGAAUUGAAGAAUUUAACCCAAUCUACAUCGGAGUGACAGACCAUCUGUGGGGAAAACACUGUCAGAGAGAUUUUAAAGACUGCAAACUUCAGGAAUACGAGUCAUGGAAAGAGAUGUAUAUCAGAUUGUCUGAGGAGAGGGAAAGAAAGCUCAAAAAGCUGACAAAAACGAUCGUAUCUGCACAUUCUAAGAAGCCGAAGGGACGACAGGUGAAGAUGGCAUUUAUUCACACCGUUGCUAAGCCACCAAGGGAUGUGCGAAUUCAGCAGGAAAUUCAUGGAACUGCUGUGCAGCAGCCGCAUCAGCCCAAGUGCAGUGUUAAACACCAGGAGAACCCCAUGAGAUCAAGUUGCAAUGAGUUCAACAGUUCCAACAGCAGUAGCAGCAUUUCCACUGGAAACAACAACCAAGAUCCUCGCAAAAAAACAAAGGUGGCUCCAAUGAUGGCAAAGUCUUUGAAGGCAUUUAAGAAACAACUGGGACGUAGAUGAUGAUCAUAUUUAAAGUUUGCAGAUGUGGAACAAACCUUAUCAGUAACUUCAACUUCAUUGGGUGUCUUUAGUAUUAGAUACUGAUGUCAAGGCUGUGGCCAAUCUUUUCUGUUUGCUCUAAACGUUAUUAAAUAAGAAUGAAAUCUGAAAAAGGAAUCAGUUCAGUGUUUUG